AUGCGCGCAGCCUCGCACGAUGCGCCGAGCAUGGCCGACCAGCUUCCCUCGAUCAACUUCGGUUUCGACGACCUACGCAGUCGCAUGAACCAAUUCACCGCGCGGUUCGAUGACUUCAUUGAGAAGGGCCGCAAGAGAGUUCUUGAGGAGCGUAAUCAGUUCCGCAUGAGCGUCGGCGAAAUUCAAGAGGACCAGCGCAUGAAGAAGCGCGACAUCGAGAUCCUCACUCUCAAGCAAACUCAGCACUCACAAACCCUCACCAAAGAAUCUGCCGAAACAUCAGAGAUGCAUUCCGCCAUCAGCACCCUCACUGUCCAGCGAGACGAGCGGCUCGCUCACCGCGACGCCUUGAAGUCGCAAAUCGCAGAAGUUCAGAAGGCCAUUUCCGCACGCCGCGAAGCACAGCUCAAGCACCGCCGCUACCUUGAUGGUCAGAGUAGGUACAAUGAGCCUGAGCUCGACUUCUGGGAGAGCUAUCUUGGGCUCAGGAUCGAGGGGCUAGGCAAGGAGGACAGAUUGAAAAUCGUGUAUACCAACGUUUGUGAGAGGGAAUGGGAGAGGGAGGCGUGGUUCGAGUUGGAUACGAGCGAGCGCGAGUACAAAGUGUUAGAGUGCCGGCCCAAGUUGGAUCGAGAAGAAGUCGAGAGGGUGUUGGAGCGGCUGAAUGAGACGAGGGAUCUGGCAACUUUCUUGAAGGGCAUGAGGGAGCUGUUUGUUGACGUCUUGAAAUGA